AUGGAAUCACUAUAUGAACGAUUCCGAAAACAACACCCACCAGUAUUUGAAGGUAGCACUGACCCACUUGACGCACAAGACUGGAAGAGUUCUUUAGAAGACAUCUUUGAGUUCAUGCAACUAAGUCACAGGGAAAAGGUUUCUUAUGCUGCACAUACACUGAAAAAGGAUGCUAAGAUCUGGUGGGAAGUGGUUAAGCAGACUAGAGAAGUGAAUCAGAUGACUUGGGCAGAAUUUGAACUGGUCUUCAAUGAAAAGUUUUAUAAUGAAGUUGUGUUGACUGCUAAAGUAAGUGAGUUCACUAGAUUACAACAAGGGGAUCUUUCAGUGGCAGAGUACGCGAUGACAUUUGACCGGUUAGCCAAGUUUGCACCAGACUUGGCUGUGGAGAAAGCUUUGAGAGCUGAACUCAUAGAAGAAAAGAUAACAAAAGCUAAAGCUGCUACUAGCAUGCCUCGUAGAGACACUCCAUUCAACAAAGAACAAAGCCGCUUUCACAAUGACAACAAAAGAAGGGCCCAGAAUUUCCAAUUUAGACAAGGACAUAAUAAGAAAUUUAAAGGAGGUCAGCAAAACAGGCAAUCUAGAUUCCAACAACAGCCACGAUGUCAAACUUGUGGAAAGAAUCAUUUCAGGGAGUGCAGGCUUCUAACUAAGAGCUGCUUCAAAUGUGGCAAGGGGGAUCAUUUUAUCAAAGAUUGUCCAUUGAUGAAGAACCAACAAAAGAAGGAUGAACCUCAAAGGACAAAUGCUAGGGUGUUCACAAUUACUCAAGCUGAAGCUGAUACCAACAACUCUGUGGUGUCAGGUGAUAUUUUUGCAUCUGGUAUUCUCACUCAUGCAUUAAUAGAUUCAGGUGCAACACAUUCAUUUGCAUCCUUGACAUAUGUAAAAAGGUUGGGUAGAUCAUGUGAAAAAUUGUCAGAAGUUUUUAGUACAAUGUUACCAUCUGGAGAGAUUUUGUAUUCUACUCAUUGGUUGAGGGGGGUUCCUAUUUGCAUUGAUGGUAGGGAAUUAUAUGCUGAUCUAAUAAUGUUAGAGAUGCACGAUUAUGAGGUGAUUUUGGGUAUGGAUUGGCUUUCAAAGUAUAAUGUCACUAUUGAUUGUUGA